ACCAAUUUUAAUUUUAAUUUUUCAAUUUCUGCUUCAAUUCCAACCUUAAUUCCCAAAAUAAAACAUAUAAAACCAUGACCCGUGGAAAUCAGCGUGAGGAAGCUCGUAAGCGCAACAUGAAGAGGGGGGAAAAGACAGGAUCGAACAAAAAGGUCGAAGGAAACGCUGGAGUUCAGCUUAAGAAUAGAAUGGAAGGCGAUGCCGAUAUUAUGCGCCAGAAGCAAGCAAGGGCUUCCCUGAAGGCUGCUGAAAACGCAAAGUAAUACGAUAUAUAUUUUUGGGAUAGGGUUUGACCCGCUCCAGCUGAACAACAUCAACAAAAAUCAGUGUAAUUGGUUUUGUUUUGGAUAUGUAGUUUUGGUUAUUGUUAUUUUCCUACAAUAUUUAGUUUUAUUAUUAGGAUUUUUCAAAAAGAGCAUUGGCUAACUCUGAGCUUGUUUCAAUUACACUUCCUCCUCUUUCUCCAUUUGCUGCUGCUGAUGUUGUUCACUAAUGAUACCCGCCGCUGCGAUGCUCGUUACGCUAGAGUCCGUGUUGCCUCCGUUCCCAACGCCCGACCGAAAUGCCUACAAAUAAAUGACACAUACAUACAAUUCUCUUUAUUUUAGAAUAUAAUGCAGUAUUAUUUUCAAGGCUUUUUUUAUAAUAUACACUAGCGCAUAAAGUAAAACAAAAUGAAAUAACAA